AUGCGAUGGCGGCACUCCCUUAUUUGUCCUGUUCAGGAUAUUUCCACUGAGCCUGAAGAGUCGGAGCACAUGGCUACACCUUCUGCGGCAUCAUCUUCAAAGUCCGUGGCAUUACCGGCUUUGGAUUGGUGUCGAAAAAGGCUGUCCCAGAUGACAACGUACUCGAGUCUGUGCAGGAGCCCUCAGCUAGCAUGGCUCUUUAAAGCUGCUCAGGAGAGUGAGGAAAAAAAUCUCCGACGAUUUUUUGCCUAUGAGGGAGUGAAGAUGAGACGCUCAGUGUCCCCCGUUUCUGGGCUUGCCAACGUGGACAUACUGGAUGACCCCAAUACACCCGCACAUGCAGCGCAGUACAUCUACGGGUCCUUAUGCAGAAGCCCACUUGUUGCCGCCUGCCUUCGCCUAGAGGAGGCGUUUGGGGCGAUCCCAAGUGAAAGGACUGCGGAGGCCGCUAGUGUUGAAGAGGUCGAUCGCCUCAUCACUAACGCCACGCAAGGCCCACCAACCCAAGAGAAGAAGCUAGAUGAGGCCCCGGAAACCAUAGAAACCGAAGAAACAAUCACACAGCAGCCAUUCACGGAAGAUAGAACCGGACCAAAUGAAACAUAUCAAGCUUCUGCUGGAGAGGCUGCAUGGCACGAGCCAGCGGAGGUCGGGGGUGAGGAGCAAGCGCCAUAG